AACCGGAAGCCGACGUUCGCUCCGGUAGGCUUCGCGUGUUCCGGUGGUCGAAGACGCGGCGGAAAAACGGGGAACAGGAACUGAGAAGAGAGGAGGAAGAGUCUAUAAUGAGACCGUUGUUGCUGCGCUCCUCGCUCGGCUCCCUUGUGACCGUUUUCGGCUCAUUUUCCGCCUCCAGAAACAAACUCGUCACACAAGCAGCAGCUGCAGCCGUACCUCACCUCUAUUAUUUCAGGAAAACGAUGCACUAUCAAACGGAAGAGAGAGGACAGCCCAAUUCUCCUGACUACCGGAUUUAUUUUAGUAAGUUUACCCGCGAAAUCGUGGGAGGGACUAUGCAUGCCCCCCUGUACCUAAUAUCAAAGCGUAGCAGCAACAGGGUCCGGUGUCUUCAAGGUAGACUACAAGUCAACCUUCAGGUCUGACCUUUGAGUUGCAAGAUUUAGGUCCUUUCUACAUGUGGCACCCUGAAGUUUCAGCUUAAGAACACUGAACAGGGCUCUAGUGUCUGUUUCCAUCUGGUAGAAAUUACCUAGCGUAGAAAGCUAGAGGACAGUUGACUGUGUUACCUCACAUGGUUUUACUUCCUGUUUGCUUGUCACGUGGAGAAAUCCUGCUAGAGGAGGAGCGCGUGCUGAAGAAACAGACCGGUAUUUUCACAUAAACCGUUUAUAUUUAGUCUUUUAUAUCAAGUUAAGCCUUUAUAUUGAUAUGUGUUGCAUAUUAAAGUAGUUCUUGUUUUAAUUGAGAUACAAAUAAAGAUUUAGUGGAGUGUGUACAAUAUAAACCCUCUGAAGUAUCACAUUAAAGCCCCUGUGAGUGAUUUCAGCUGAUUUAGAAAACUUAUGCAGGGUUCAAGUUACCUUGGAAGUCAGAUGUUGGAGAUAAAAAUGACGUCACCCCUGAGUUCCCAGUGUUUCAGUCACCAAGUUGGACAACAAGAUGUCUACUUCUACUGAAGUUAUUUUAGCGUUUUCCUUAUAUUCGGACAAGGCAAGUGCUAAAAUAACUUUCGUAGAUGUAGCCAUCUUGUUUCUGCCUCUGAUUUUGUUUUUAUCCAACUUUGUAACCGAACACUGGGAACUUUGGUGUGAUGCCAUUUUCAGUUCAGACUUCUGACUUCCAAGGUAACUCGAACGCCACAUUAUGUUGAUCCAUCUUCAUAACCUAUAAAAGCAAAAAGGUUGAUGCUGGUAUUGCUGUCUUAAAGUAUCUGUAAAAAUGCCAAGUCAAUCUACAGCCUGCUGCUGAGUCAGCUUUUUUUCUACUUCCACAACAAAUAAUCAUAAACCAGACACAGUUUGACCUUCAAGAGAAAGCAGAAUGAUAUACUUUUGUCAGAAAACAUUACCCUCACACGUAAAGGACAAACUGAGUAAGGUGAUGAGUUAUAAAAUUUUGCUCCCUUUUUUAAACAAAAUUAACACAGCAAGUUCUUCAUAGUGUUGCUGCAUUUUGAUAACAACUGCAGGUUUUAAUUCUUAUUCCUGACACAAAAACAAUAUAAAUAUAAAAUGUUUUAGUGUAACUUAAAUUUUUAAAGAUUUUUGUUUCUUUUAAUAAUUUAAUAAAUGUGCAGUACCUGGUUUAAUGUCGUAUGGAUUUGCAUGCAUCACGCUCAAAUGUAUCAACUUUUUUAACUGUUUGUUUGUUUUUUCUCUUUUAUUAGAAACGAAGGGAGGAAAGUAUAUUUCACCAUUUCAUGACAUUCCACUCAGAGUGGAGAAAGAACAGGUAAUUCUCGGAAUUUCUUAGUUAUUGUUUCUUUUUGCAAAUACUGCAAUAGGUUCUUCUCUAUGAAGCUAUUAUUGAAAUAAUUAACCAGUCAUUUAUUAAUUUUUUUUUUAACAGGAAAAUGAUGUGCCAGCUAAAAAGGCCAGGAAGAGUGAGAGUGAGGUAGCCUACCAAACUCAUACCAUAACUUUACCAACUGAUUACACUAAACCAAGAAUAAACUGUUUACAGCUGUCUUCUGUCUCUUUAGGUGCUCUUCAACAUGGUGGUUGAGGUGCCACGAUGGUCAAAUGCUAAAAUGGAGGUGAGAAGGCUGUUGGUUAAGUAAAGUACCACACUCGUAAGAUACUUAAACUCAUGAUAUAAGUCUUAGAAUAAGUGCCAUGACAUGACAGUCUAAAACUGCUGCACAACAACUUCAGUGAGCCUGAUACUGGAAUAACUUAAUAAUUAACAGGUUUGUUUCAUGAUAAUGUAUUUUUAACAAUAAAGCUUCACAGCAGCCUGAAGCUUUUGAAGUGCUGUUUGAUGAGCCCCUAAACUCACAUCGCAUGUUUAAUCUUUAGUUAGUUUCAUAACAGUGGAUGGGAGCUAGCUUGGUGCCAUAAACUAAAGCUUGUGCCUGAUUUAUAGUUCUGCACUAAAUCUGUGCGGUUGCAUGUGCUGUAGUUUUGCUUGACCUUAAACCUACAAAAAAGCAGAGGAGUGUAACCAAUGUGCACCUCCUUCAUUGAAACAAUGCAGACAGUAAGCCCUGUGACUGGUCCGCAUGGUAGCAUCUUUUUACCUGCACUUACAGUAGAUGUUUCUGGUAUCGUUGCCUUCGUCUUCUGCCUACACUGGUUCAUUGGGGGUAUAUCCAAUGCCUCCUCUCUUUGCUUCUUUGCAAUAAGUGCAGUAUGAUCAGCUGCUCCAACACUUCUGCAGACACUCCAACAUGCAUGCAAGUAUACUCUCAUCACUGCAUGCCACUGUGAUGUAGAAUCAAACGCACAAACUAAGGUUGCUUCAAAGCUGGCAAACCCGAAACACCCAUACAUCUGUACACACACACACCUUCACAGUUGCUUCGAUUUCCAGAUUGCCACAAAGGAACCACUGAACCCAAUCAAACAGGAUGUAAAGAAGGGAAAACUUCGAUAUGUUGCAAACAUAUUUCCCCAUAAAGGCUACAUUUGGAAUUAUGGCGCUCUCCCACAGGUGAGGAACCAUAAAGAAGCAUUUAAGACUUUUUUAGGAAUUGUCAUGUGAACAUUCAUCUUCUUUAGGCAUUUAUUUUGUAUUUAAUAUUUUGUCUGGUUUUUAAUUUAAACAUUGAAAUGUUCCUUUAUUAUUCCUUUGAAAAGACAUGGGAGGACCCCAACCACACAGACACAGACACAAAAUGUUGUGGUGAUAACGAUCCAAUCGAUGUCUGUGAGAUCGGUUCCCUGGUGAGUGUUUGAACUUUAACCCUCCAGGAUAGUUUUGCUCACUUUAUAUAGACUUCUUAAAAUCUAUAUGAACACAAAACAUCUUUUUCGGACUGUUUCUCAGGUGUGCUCUCCAGGUCAGGUGAUCCAAGUGAAAGUACUUGGUAUUUUGGCCAUGAUUGAUGAGGGAGAAAUGGACUGGAAAGUGAUUGCUAUCAAUACUGAGGACCCGGAUGCCAAAAAACUAAAUAGUGAGUAUUUUCCACUGUGAGCAGCUGAAACACACAACUGGAGUUUUAGCUGUCUUCAUACUGUUGUGUUCAAGUUUUCUCACAAAACAUCAUGUGGAUCCUGAAGGGUGCAAACAUUAUGACCGUAUUGUUUGAAACUUCAUAGCACAUUUCUGACCAUUGUUAUCCCUCACCUAUUGUAGAAGGAAAUGUCCGCCUAUCAGGGAUCGUAGUAUAUAGUGACAUGGUUGUGUAAUUAUAAUCUUCAAAUCAAUUUCACACAUCAAAAUUCUUGAGAUGAAUAUUUAAUGCCAAGUUUUGGCAAGUAUGGUGAGAAUGGAUUUGCGCUCAUUCUGCUGACUUUGCUUUUGUGCUCUUCAGACAUAGAGGAUGUUCGCAAAAGCCGCCCUGGUCAUUUAGAAGCCACUGUGGACUGGUUUAGGAAAUAUAAGGUCCCUGAUGGAAAGCCUGAGAACCAAUUUGGGUUCAAUGGACAGUUCAAAGACAAGGUACCAAAAGCUUUUUGAGCGUUAAAGUCUGAAACAGGACAGUUUGUGAUCAGAGUUUGCAGUCUAAGAGGCCAAAACUGAGUGGGCCUAAUACUCUCUGAGAAGAGUCUACUUUUCUGAUGGCCUUUGUCAAUUCUAAAGGACUUUGCAGUUCAGAUCAUCAAGUCCACCCAUGAGCACUGGAGGGCACUAGUGCAGAAGCAGAGCAACAGUGGAGGCAUUGACUGGUGAGUUGUUUGCAGUCCAGUGAGUAUUAUGAACAUGAGUAAUUGACUGUGUAAAUGUAAUGAACACCAAUGCUUUUGGUCUCUCAUUCAGCAAAAAUACCUCCUGUGGUGAGAGCCCUUUUAAUUGUAGCUCUGAAGAGGCCAAAUGUUUGGUCCAAUCGGUGAGUCCAUUGAUGCGCUAACAAAAAGUUAACAAAAGCACACAGAAAGAACUUUAUCAAACUGGAUCAGAGCCAGGUUUGGUGACUGUUGUAUUUGACACUCUAGGCUCCUCCACUUGGCAGCACAAAACCUGUGCCUGCAGAGGGUAAGUAAAUAAAGAUGUUUCUGCACCAAAUGUGGUAAAUUCAUGGAGCAAAGUCUUUGAAAGUUCAUAUUUUCAUUUUCAACUUUUUUCUUUGACAGUGGACAAAUGGCAUUUUGUCUAAAGGCCUAAACUUUUUACCGAACCCAACAAAAGUCCUUUGACGACUGCAGUUGCAUCUUUUACAUGCAACUGGAUCUAAGUUAAAACAUUUUUACUUUGUAAUAUCAGGAACAAGAUGUGAUUAAUGUUUUUGGUGUCAUGUUGAACACCUAAUUGAUUUGCUGUUGAAUUAAAAUGUGGUGGUCAAUCACCAAAAUUACACCUCUUUAUUAAAUUGUAAAUAAUGUUGUAUAUGAGCUGUAGCACCUUGUCAAGCCUUAUUUAACACUGAAAGUCAUGCUCUUAUAAUAAAUUCCUUUAAGAGUGUAUUCAGUUACUCAGCCUAUACUUUCAAUCACAAACACAUUAUGUCAAAAUGUGGAAGAAUUCUGUUUGGACAAAUAAAAAACAAGGUGUGAACAUGACAAA